CAGCACGGACUGUUUGCACACAGACGCCUGUAGCUGUCAGCCUCCGCGGAGUGCGUGUCUACUGUCUUCCAGCGGGAUCUAUACACCAGCAAUUAUUCACCUCCAAUUAGUCCCAAUCAACCAGCCAGCCAGCCAGUCACUCACAUUGUAUUCCUCCGCUGCUGCUGCUGCUGCUGCUUUCUCCACGGACUACCACAGCGGUGAUGUGUGAGUAGAAAUCCCGCCAGGCUCUCACACUGCACCCAGAGGUGCCUCCAAACAUGGACCGGAUAGGGGUGUCAUUCCUGGACCCUUUGGAUGACUACGAGUUAAUUCACAGGAUUGGGUGCGGCACCUAUGGAGAUGUAUUCAAGGCUCGUAACAUCAGGACGUCUGAAGUGGCAGCUAUCAAGAUUGUCAAGCUGGACCCUGGUGAUGACAUCACGUCCAUCCAGCAGGAGAUCACAAUGAUGAGGGAGUGCAAGCACAAAAACAUCGUGUCCUACUUCGGCAGCUACCACAGAAACACCAAGCUGUGGAUCUGCAUGGAGUACUGCGGAGGGGGCUCACUUCAGGAUAUGUACCACGUGACGGGCCCAUUAAAGGACAAACAGAUAGCCUAUGUGUGCAGAGAAACCCUCCAGGGUUUGUAUUUCCUGCACGAAACUGGCAAAAUGCAUCGAGACAUAAAGGGAGCCAACAUCCUUUUGACCGAGAGAGGAGAUGUGAAACUGGCUGAUUUUGGAGUGGCAGCAGAAAUCAGCGCUUCCGUUGCCAAAAGGAAGUCUUUUAUAGGAACGCCCUACUGGAUGGCUCCAGAGGUGGCAGCAGUUGAGAAAAAGGGCGGUUACAACCACUUGUGUGAUAUCUGGGCUGUUGGCAUCACCGCCAUCGAGCUGGCUGAGCUCCAACCGCCCAUGUUUGACCUCCACCCAAUGAGAGCGCUGAUGUUGAUGUCCAAGAGCAACUUCCAGCCUCCUAGACUAAAGGAUAAAUCCAAAUGGUCAGCAGCUUUUCAGAGCUUUGUGAAGAUGGCUCUCAUUAAAAACCCUCGUAAAAGGCCCUCCGCUGAGACACUGCUGCAGCAUCCAUUUGUGACACAGCUUCUGACCCGUAACCUGGUCAUUGAGCUGCUGGACAUGGCCAACAACCCUGAGCUCCACAACACACACACACACAGCAUGGACGACAACGAGCUAGAGGUUGGGGAAGUGGCUCCGGACAAGAUCCAGUCAGCAGGGAAACACCUGCCUGUAGAGAGGACCCUGUCUGAGGAACAAUUUGACCAAGUGAAGUUCGGGCCUCGAAUGAGGAAAGUCACUGAACCAUAUCCUGAUUUGCAUGGCUCUUAUGAUGACGACUGGAGUCUGUCUGGAGAUGAAGACAACUCGCCGAGCCUGCUGGAAUGUGUGGAGCAAGCUCUGCAGCUGAGGAGUUUAACCAUCAGGAGGGCGCCCUCUACUGAUGGGGGCAGGAGGAGUGGUCUGUUCGGCCCCUCCACAGCCUCGCUGCCGGCCUUCAGCUCUCUGAGUCCCAGAGCAGAGGAGAGCGACCUGACGCUGAGACCCAGCUGCACCCUGGGACCUGAGGCUGCCAUCCCUGCUGACGCCCCCUCCCCCACAGUGUUGGCCAGGUGCUCGGCCACGCAGGACAUCAGGCAGCGCUGCAGUGACCCGUGUCUGCCUGGGGGGGGCGCUCCGACUGAAGGGGAGAAUCGGAAAGUCUCCACUGAUUCCUCACCGAGAAAAGAGACGCAGCUGUCCCCCGAGUGGAGCACGCUGCGGAAAAACACUGAGGACGCUAGGGCUGAUUGUCAUGGACUUCCUCCUACCCCUCAAGUCCAUAUGGGAGCCUGCUUCUCCAAAGUCUUCAACGGCUGUCCUCUUAAAAUCCACUGCGCUGUCACAUGGAUUUUUCCAAAGACAAGAGAUCAGUACCUCAUUCUUGGGGCAGAGGAAGGCAUCUACACACUGAACCUGAAUGAACUUCAUGAAGAUACACUAGAGAAGAUUCUGCCUCAGCGCUGCACCUGGCUGUACGUGAUAAACAACGUGCUGAUGUCUGUCUCAGGGAAGUCCUCCCAGCUGUUCUCCCACAGCCUGCCGGCCCUGUUCGAGCAGAGAGGAACUCUGCAGAAGAAGACCAGCAGCCUGUCCCUGAACACCAGCCGCUUCACCGAGAGGAUCAGCUCCAGAAAGUUUGCGAUAUCUGUGAAGAUCCCCGACACUAAAGGCUGCAAGAGGUGUAGUGUAGCCAGGAACCCGUACACUGACAGCACGUUCCUCUGCGGGGCGGUGCCCUCCGGCCUGGUGCUGCUGCUCUGGUACGAGCCGCUGCAGAAGUUCAUGCAUCUCAAGCACAUAGCGAUGAAGCUGCCUGACUCCCUGCAGAUAUUCGAGCUGCUGGUCUUGGUGUCCGAUGAGUUCCCCCAGCUGUGUGUCGGGGUGAGGGACUGUAGCAACGGGAAGAGGCCGCACAGCCAGCAGCUGCAGUUUGACAUAAUCGAGCUGAACAGCACGCCCACUUCAGCUCCAGACAGUGGAGCGCUGGGGGCCGUGCAGGUCACCCAGAUGGACAGAGACACUGUCCUCAUCGCGCUAGAAAAAACUGUGAAGAUAGUGAACCUGCGAGGGUUCCCGUCCAAAGAGCUGGCAGCUGAGAUGUUCUUUGACUUCCCAAUCGAGACUCUAGUCUGCCUGCAGGACAGUGUGUUGGCUUUCUGGAAGCAUGGCCUUAAAGGGAGGAGUUUUCAUUCAAAUGAGGUUACACAAGAGAUUACAGAUGAGAGUCGAGUUUUCAGAGUUCUAGGAACCAACAGGGACAUCAUCCUUCAGAGCACACCAACAGACGAGCCCUCAGCCCUGAGCAACCUGUACAUCCUCACCGGACAUGAGAGCAGCUACUGAGAGGAAAGGGAGGCUAUUUCUCCCAAACUGACACUGGAGAGGAGUUUCAAAGCUCAGUGGUGUAAAUGGUGUCCAGACACCAGCAACAACUCGAGGGGAACAUCUCUGUUUGUAAUUCAGUUAGCCGUUCAGACUUCAAGUCGCUGCGCCACACAUGUACAAAAGAGACCUUCUAAGUGAGUUUAUAACUUUUGUGUGCAAAAGAUUUUCAUGUAGGAAAACAAUUCAUAAUACCAGCUUUAAUCUCAGUGUGACUGCCGCAGGGAAACGUUCCAGUCCUGCUAAUACGUGUGCUACUGUCUACUGAUGUCAUCAUGCACCACAGACUGUAGUAAAACAUGGUCAUAACAUCUGUGAUAGCACAUCUGCAGACUUAUAUCAACCCAUUACAUGAACUAAACUGAAUACCCCUUAAAGAAAUAUCGAUUUGCAUAAAUGACAUGAAAAUGCAAGGGAAAGGAAGUUAAGACUUAUUUCCAUUGGUUGAACUGAAACUGAAGCUUUUUCCGGUUUAUUCACCAUGAUUUCUCCACCACAAUCAUAUUUGUGAAAGGGAGACUUUUAUUUUUGGAAAACUUUGAAUAUAACUAAGUUUAUGCUUAAUGAUAAGUUUGUGGCUAAUAGAACCAGAAGUAGCUUUAAUGACGUAAAUACUCCCAGGUUGUCAACAUGGAAAUCCUUCUCCCCUAUACCAUCCAACCCAUUUGCCCUGAACGCAGCAUAUGUCAUCAUGCCAAAGAAGUAAAUGAUUGUUCUCACUUUAAACUGGGACCACAUCCAUUGUUUGGUGUGUUGAUUAAUAUGUGAGGUGUUCAAAUUGUAUCAGCCAGUAGCUACCUAUUUCUAUACAAAUAUGAGAGAAGCCCUCUUUAAGAAUAUACAUGAUCUGGUUAAAGCUAGCUUAAAAAUAGAAACAACAUUUCAGUCAUAAUUACAUUGUCAGUUUGAAUAUUACAAACAGUGUGUGUAACCAUGUACUUACCCAAGAACGAUGAAGGGUCCUUUCAUUGCAGCCAGUUGAGGCCACACACUGCUUUACCUGUGACUCUGUCCCUUAUCCUUAAGGGACUUGAACAUAGGCUAAAUGUACACACAAGGUGCCAUAGAAAUUGAAUGCAAUUAAAGUGUACUUCUGCUUGUUUGAUUAAAAUGUAAAUUCCACUACAUCAGAGUUGUGUGUGUAAUGAUAUUUGUUAUUUAUGGAAAGGGAGCUGUACAAGUAACACUCACCUUUCCCUAAGAGAUACUUGAAGGACAUAAUAUGCAUAUGGUUAUUUGUUUUUUAAAGAUGUUUUUAUUGUAAUUGUGUAUACAUUUUAAGUAUAUAACAAUACCGUUUGCUCAUUGUAUGGAGGGAUUGUAAUAUGCACAAUAAACGUUUUAAUAUCC